AUGGAAAAUCCAGUUGUCGAAAUCCCGGCGGUGAUCAGUCUUCUCACCCAGUCGACACCCACAUUGCAACAGAAGACUUUGGAGCGCUUUUUUACAAGCGAUGCUUCCUUUGUCCAUCCUUUCUGCCGCGUUCCUAGCUUUGAAGGGAGUCGAUGGUGGAUUUUGAAGAUCUUCCAGUGGUAUAAGAUCAUGUCACCGCGGAUCAAGAUGGAGAUCCAUUCCAUUGCCAUGGACCAGGAAAGUCUCAAACUCUACGUGAACAUGUCUCAGAUCUUCUCUAUUUGGAUUGUGCCGUUCCACGUUGCACCGGCGACGCUGACAACGGUCCUCGAUCUCACCACCGAUUCAAGCAAGACCAGCUCCUCAACAAACGGGGCACACCCGUUGUACUACAUCACCAAACAAGAGGAUCUUUACCAAACCUCUGAGUUUAUCAAGUUCAUCUUGCCACACGUGGGAUACUGGUUGGUAUUGGGUUGGCAUCUGAUUGCAACGCUCUUCUGCUUCCUCGGUGUCACGCUGCUAUGGCCAAUGCUCUGGCUGGAGGAGAAAGGGUAUCUUCCCAGUCGGAUCGCGCAGGGAAACCUGGCCUAUAAUAUCGAUCGCAAAGUUUCGGAGAUUAAGAAGCAUUGA